AGAUAUUAUUAGUUUAAGUUUCUAAUGAUUAGAAUGUCAUUUUUUUAACUGCUUUGUAAUCGUCCAUUUCUGACUUUAAUCUAUGUGCAGCUCUUACAAAAAAAUACAGUGACACGUCUAACACGAUAUCAUAAAAUGGACGUACUAAGUUAAUCAAUACAUUAAAAAAUAAUCCUUCGGUUUAAAUAGUUUUCAGUACAGUGGAUGAGUUUUGAAUUUAUUAUUAUUAGCACAAUAAUUUUUUCUAGGGUCUAGAACCACGCAAGUUCCUUAUAAUGCGUCAUGGUGAAAGCGUAGAUCUCGCUGGAUGUCUCAAUGUUUCGACAAAAACGUCAGUUAUUGUCAGCCAGAUCUAAAUAUGCCCGACAACUUUACCAAGCGUUGGCAAGGCUAUUCUGCUUAUGCGGAAGACACCCCCUUAACAAAAAUCGGCAUUUUUCAAGCACCAAUCACUAGAGAAGCAUUUAAAAAAGCGCAACUCGACGUGUCUCACGUCUACUCUUCACCCUUGUUACGCUGCAUUCAAACAUGUAAUGCAUUUCUCAAAAGCUGUAGAAAAAACAACGAAAUUAAAAUUAAAGUUGAACCUGGACUUUAUGAAUGGUGGGCGUUGUUUGGCGAGCGUUUACCUCUGGUUGGUUAACACCACCGUGGGGUUAUAAUAUUGACUUGGAGUACAAACCUAUUACAUCUGUGGAGGAAUUAGGCAGCAAGAAAGAAACCUAUACCGAGUACUAUUCUAGAAGUUUUAAAGGUCAAGAAACACGUAAGCUUUAUAUAAUGCGUCAUGGUGAACGCGCAGAUAACGCUUUUGGUGACUGGACAUCCCACUGUUUUGAUAAAAACGGCAAUUAUUUUCAAACGGAUCUAAAUAUGCCCGAAACUGUACCUAAACGUUCUGGAGGAUAUAAUACUUACUUGAAGGACUCCCCUUUAACAAAAAUCGGCAUUUUUCUAGCUCAGCUCACUAGUGAAGCUUUCAAAAAAGAGCAAAUCAACGUUUCUCACGUGUAUUGUUCACCAUCACUACGCUGUAUUCAAACUUGUCAUGCGUUUCUGGAAGGUUGUGGCAAAAACGACAUUAAAAUUAAAGUGGAACCAGGACUUUAUGAAUGGUGGGCGUUUUUUGGCGACAGUUUACCUGAAUCGUUAACGCCAGAAGAACUGACAACCUGGGGUUAUAAUAUCGACUUAGAAUACCAACCUAUUAUAUCUAUAGAUGCAUUAGGUGGUAAAAAGGAAACCUAUGCUGAGUAUUGUUCUAGAAGUUUAGUCGUUAGUACAGAGGCAAUGAAUGCACAUUCGCACGGUAAUGUGUUAUUUGUGGCACAUGGAUGUACUGUAGCAGCCUGUUCGUGGGAACUAACAGGAAAAAAAACUGAGUUAACACAGGAAACAGUAGAUGUUGCAGUGGGAGUUCCUUAUUGCGGUUUUAUAGAAGUUAGUCAGUGUGGAGAUAAAUGGAAGAAAGGGCGACCCUUUCUACAUCUCAGCCACACAUCUAACGCAGUUUUUGAUUACAGUCGACUGUUUUAA